CUCUGAUGUUCUUGUUCGGUCCCUUGUUUCGGCCCGGCAUGUUUUAUUCCCCGUUUCGCUUUUGCUACUUCUCUUUCUUCUACUUCUUCGUUUUCUUCUUCUUCUUCUUCUAAGACCUUCUUCUUCUUCUUCUCCUCCUACUACUACUACUACUACUACUACUACUACUACUACUACUACUACUCGUACCAGUCAUGGCGUCAUCAAGCCAGCCGAGCAGUGCAGCGGCCAAGGGCAAGGGGAAAGUGAAUGCGAUGCGUACACCACCUGAAUUUGUGCCGCAACCGGAUUCUCGUCAGCGCACUCUGCAGCGGGAGAGAACAGUACUUCGGUGGAUUGAGCAGGGGCAGGCGGCAGAGCCGAAAGGCUUCGGGCAGUAUUGGGUUCGUUGCAGGUUGUGCAAGACAGUCUUCACAGCCUCAGCAACUCGAGCGGUUGAGCACUUCCUUAAGAAGGGGAAGCCGUGCAUAGCCAGGACAGGCGAGGUGUUGCACUUUCUUGCACUGGACGGGGUGAAGAUCGAUGGGGAAGCAGCGAAGAGGAUGCUACAUGCCUACAGGGUGGAAAAGGGCAUAGCGGAGGAUACGGGGAUGACGCCCCGGGGGGUGGUGGAGAAAGCAGUCCUGGAUGAGAUGGAGGCGCUUAUUCGUCCUUCGUGUGAGGCUUCCACGACUGUGGCGAAGUCGGGGAAGAAAACACAAACCUCGAUCCGCAAAUGGGCUGAGAACACAUCGCAGAAGAGACUGGACCUACAAUGGGGGAGAGCUCUUUGUCGUUCCGGGGUCCCCUUCAACUUCGUGCGACAAGACGAGACGAAAGCGCUUCUCGACUUGUACAUGGAGUUGGGCGCACAAAAGGCAAAGACCCGGAUGACUUCCUUCAAGACUAUGCGGACCACAGUGCUAGACGCGUUGUAUGACGAAGUGAAGCUGACAGCGCAACCCAUCAUGGAUAAGAUGGAUAUCUCGGGUUGCACGCUGAUCACUGAUGGGUGCACGGAUAGGAAGUUCAGGCCUGUCAUGAACUUCAUUGCUGCGGGGGACGGGGGGGCGGUCCUGGUGAAGGUCGUGGACAUGUCGGGCCGGAAGAAAAAUGCCACGGCCCUUGCCAAGCUCUGGGAGGAGGUGAUCAGGGAGAUUGGAGUGCAUAAAGUGAAUGCCAUCUGCACCGACAAUGCCGGUGUGAACAAGAGGGCUGCAAAAAUUCUGCGUCGGCGGAAGGAUUUGGACAUCGCAAAGAUACCAUGGCUUCUGUGUGCAGCGCACACCCUGAGCCUCCUCCUCAAGGACAUAUCAAACCUCGAGUGGGUGUUGCCGAUCAGGAAGCAGGCCAAGACGAUGGUGAAGUUCAUUAAGAACCACCAUCGCACGGUUAGUCUGUACUCCAAAUCAUCUAUGGAUGACAAGAAGACCCUCAUUCUCCCCACAGAAGUCCGGUUCGCCUCCGUCUACCAAAUGUUGUUGAGACUCAGUGACAGGCAAUGGGUUCUCGAGGACAUGAUGAAGACCGGGUGGCUGGACAUUCAUUGGAGCGCCAAGGAGUCAAGAAAGAAGGUGGAUGACAUCUUCCAAAGGGUGAGAUCGGAGGAGUGGUGGAGAGGGGUGCACAAGGUGGUGAAUGUGAUGCGGCCUGUGCAUGAGGUGUGGGGCACAUUCUUUGACGAUCCGGAGGAUCCCAACCCCCAAGACCCAGCAGUCUUGCCGGGGCCAUUGGACGACACAGUUGAGGAGGCAGCACGCCUUGCGAGACUGAGGAAAGCGCCGAGAGGGAGGAUAUUGGAAGGUGACGAAUACGAUGACACAUCCAGCUCUGAGGAUGAUGAGGAUCUGAUUUGGAACGGGAAAGGAGGUACCACACAACCGAGGAGUCAACCAGCGCGACUAGCAAAAGGAAAGGCUCAGAUCGAUGUGGACUAUGAGGAGGAGGAAGAGGAAGAGAGCGAGGAGGACGAGGACCCGAACUUUGAGUUGCGCCCACCCGGUGACGGAAGCGAGUCUGAUCAGGAUUGGGAUGACAGCCCGUCAUUGAUCAAUCCGUGUUUCAUGAGAAAAGCCCAACAGGGGUGCACGGAGGAGUCCACUCAGGACAUUGUUGAAAGGGCCGCAGCGAGGGCCCUUGCAGAGAGGGAUCACGAAAUUGUGCAGCAGAGGGUUGAGCAGGACAAUGCAAGGCGUGUGGCAGUCCCCCCUCUUUCAAGAGCUAGCAGGGCACAGGAUGUGCAGUUAGCAACCCGUCCUACUGCAGCAGACUCCACAACAAGACCAGAAGCGGGUGGUGCCACAGAGGGAGCAUUAGCAGUCACGGCGUGCCAACAGCAGCAAGAGCGGCGGCACCAGGAUGAGCAACAACAGGAUACGCAGCAGCAGGCCGAGCACCAGCUGGACCAGUGCAGAACAGAGUCGCAGCAACAAGAGCAUGCGCAGCAGCAGCAGCAACAGAAGCGGGAGGAUAUGCAAUGCAAGGAGGAUGCACGGCAGCAGCUGGAGGAUGUGCAACAAUAAAAGCAGCAUGAGCAGCAACAUGAGGAGCGACAUGAACAGCGGAUACCACAUC